AUGAGUUUUUUCAAGGAAGUCACAGCAUCUCUCGACUUGGACGGACCGACAGAUAUCCCUCGCCAUCCUCUGACAGGGAUCUCUGUGUUGAUCGUGGGUGCCGGCCCAGCUGGUCUGUAUACCGCUCUCGAAUGCUGGCGCAAAGGCCACAGUCCCCGUGUAAUCGAUCGAACUCCAUCACCCAGCCCUGCAGGUGACUCUUUUAUGAUGGGGCCCUCGGCACAGCAACAUAUCGAGAGAACCUGGCCCGCAUUGUAUGCGGCAUCGCUGAAGACGGCUCCCGAUCCAUGGAUGUCAUUUCACAAAGUGACCGGCGAGAAGGUGGCUGGUCCUCAGCCGUUUUCUUUCAACAAGGACGGAGUGGUGUUGUUCAACGAAGAUGGCGAGCCGGCUCCGGACCGAGUAUUUCGCGUUUCGCGCCCAAAGUUCACGGCCGCACUGCUGGGACAGGCCUUGGCCCUAGGUGUUGAUGUGUCAUUUGGGCAGCGAGUGAUUGAUUACUUCGAAGACGAGAACAAAGGCGGUGUCAUCCUGGAAGACGGGUCGAAGAUGGAUGCGGAUGUCGUUGUCGCUGCGGACGGACUUGGCACCAAAUCUCACAAGCUAAUCAACGGGCAUGAGAUCAGGGCCAUGAGUAGUAACCAUUCAAUUUUGCGGACGGCUUACCAUGUCGACAACUUUAUUACUCACCCCGAACUCGACAAAGCGUUUCCGUUACGCGAGGAUGGAGGCGCUCUGCUGCAGAUAUGGACUGCGGAUGAUAUCCAAAUCAUGGUCCUUCGUGCGCCUGAUACAAUUCAAUGGCACAUAAUGCACAAUGACAUUGCGGGAAAUUCAAAAGAGUCUUGGUCAAACCAUGUCUCACCCGAAUACGUGGUGGACUUUCUCAAGGAGAAUUAUCCCGAUGUUCCCGACUAUCUUUACAAACUCAUCAGGACCGCACCUCAAGAUGCCAUCAUCGACUGGCAACUAAUGUGGAGAGACCCCCAGCCGAACUGGACCUCGCCUUUGGGUCGUGUUGUCCAGGUUGGUGAUAGCGCCCAUACAUUCUUACCAUCGUCAGGCAACGGGGCAGUUCAGGGCAUCGAGGAUGCAGUUUCACUGGCAACCUGUCUAGAGCUCGGCGGUGGCAUGAAGAAUGCGUGGUUCUGCCAAUUUGAGCUCGUCGGCUUCAUCAAUCAAACCAACUUCUUGAAACCUGAAUCUCGAAAGAAGACGGCCGGAGGCUCGGCCACACCCCAGCCGGAGUACGGGCAUUGGAUCUGGGCUCACAACCCCGAGAGGUACGCUUACGAGAAUUAUGGCAAGGCUCUCAGGAAUGUCGUCGAUGGAACACCGUUUCAAAACACGAACAUUCCUCCGGGGUACCACUACAAGCCAUGGACGCUUCAUGAAUUGUACGAGAAGAUUGAAGCUGGUGAGAAACUAGAGUUUGAGGGAGACUGGUCGUAG